AUGAGAAUUUAUUUUCUUUUAUUACUACCGGUACUGUUUUUCUGUAAAGCGUAUAAGGCGGCUUCGUUACUAGAAUCAAUAAAGCAUGAUCUUCAAAUCGUGAAUAAUCAAAACUUCAACACAGUAGUAAACAAGUUUCGAAAUGAAAAGGUGUUUGCCGUUUUGUUUUUUAAAAAAUCGAAUAAGAACAUAACAAAAGUAAUUAAAAAUUACAAUGAUGUUGCAUCGAAAUUUAAAGGAAUUUUAACUCUAUGUAUAGCUGAUUGUGAUGCUAAUGGUUCUUUAUGUGAGAGCGAGUUAUCACUUUAUGUUCCUGAUUACAAAAAUAGUAACACUCAUCAUUUUUUAAUAUAUCCAAUUAAUCCUAUGCCAAAAUUUCUAUUUAAUGAAGACAUAACUGAAAGUAAUAUAAAAAAAUAUACGUACCUUAUUCCCUCAAAAAUUGAUAUAAUAAAAGAUACUAAAGACUUUAAUGUUUUUAUUUCGAAACAUGAAAAUAUGCCAAAAGUUUUAAUUUUUAGUAAUAAGAAAAAACCCAACUAUAUUUUGAAUGCCCUGAGUAAUAGUUUUAAUAAAAAAUUAAUGUUUUGUUAUAUUAACAACGAAUUAGAUGAAUUAGUAAAAAAAUAUAAUGUUAAAACAUUUCCAAGUAUAUUAAUUUUAAAAAAAAAUAAAGUAGUGGACACUUAUAAAGGAAAACUCAGUUACAUUAAUAUGUUCGACUGGUUGAAUGUACACUCAGAAACGUUUGUUCUAGGUGGGGGUUUUGAUAUAUCACCUGAUAAAACUGUUAGCAAGCCUUGGAAAUUUGCCCUAGUACCAAAAGUUACUAAAAUGUCUCAUGGGGAUAUUUGUUUUAAAAAAGCAGAUAAAGGUCUAUGCUUAAUUUAUCUGAAAGAAGGAGAUAAAUUAGACAAAACAGAGAUUGACAUGCUUCUCUCAUUGAAGGAAAAGUUUAAGCCACACAUUGACGGAAGAGGCAUAAAUUUUCGAUAUAUGUGGAUGGACAUAACCAUGGAAACAAAUUUCCGCUCUCUAUUUGAAUUUAAAAAGUACCCCUCCGUUGUUAUUUUUAAUCCAUAUAAAAGAAUUCGCUACUCGAAAUUAAAUGAAGAUUUAAUAGCGACUAGGGAAAAUAUUGAAAAAUUGUUGGAAAAAAUAUCUGGAGGGGAUGCAAAGUUUACGAUGCUCAGUGGACAGACUUUGCCUGAAUUUGUGGAGGACGACAGUGAACCUAAAUCUACUGGAAAAGACGAAUUGUAA